AUGAACGUAGGUUCGCGGCCACUCCGCGUCCCGGGCGCGCCGCGUCCGGCGCUGGCGGCCCAAACGAACCGGGGAUACCUCGUUGGCACUGUAUCUCCGCGCCACGCUCCGCCGGCCACGGCGCCCCCCGUCGCCCCGGCGAACUGGAGAGGUCGAGGUCCCUGCUGGACGUGCGCGGGCGGCGACGAGGCGCCGCGCAGCGCGGGCUCGGGCUCGAUGGGGCCGUUUCCGCGCUGCCGUGCGGUGCCUCGCGCCGCCGCAUUUCGCACCGCCGCGCGUUUCCGUGCCACAGACGCGGCGGCCGCCGUCCCUCGCCGGCCAUCGCGCGCGUCUGCCCCCGGGCUGCCAUCCCGAGCCGCAAACCGCCCCGAACCACGUCGCGGUCCUCCCGCCCGUGCGCGGCCCCCGCUGCGGCCGCGCAGCUGCGCCCGACGAGCCUUCCGCGCACCCUGCGCGAUGGGCGCCGCCACGCGAGGCCGUCCUCGGCCGCGCGCGGCCGGCACAAGGCGGUCGUUUGACCCCGGUGCAGCGCCGGUUCCGGCCCCGCCCGGCCCCUCCCCGGGCCCGUCCCCCGGCGCCCGCGGCCCCUCCGCUCCAGUUUCGUGCGUUCGCGCCCCACGACGCGCGGAAUCCGCCCCGACGGCCCCGCGCCAGCGCGCAGCCGUGGUACUGGCCUGCCCCUCCCGAUCCUUCGCGCGCCGGCCGCCGACCCCGCGCGACCCUCGCCCCCUGCCCCGCAGUCGCCUCCUCGGUCGAGGACAACGACACGCUCGUCCAGUGCCUCCAGCUGGGCGCGGCGGACUACCUGAUGAAGCCCCUGCGGUCCAAGGACUUGCGCAACAUCUGGACGCGGCUCCGGUGGCGGGAGCAGGCCCCCGGGGCGGCCUCCAUGGGCACCGAGAACGCCGCGGCGGCCUCGGCGCCGCGGCACGCGCCGAGCUGCUCGUCGGAGACGCAGGCGGACAGCGACGCCAAGAGCGAGGGCGACAACCCGCCGACGAGCAAGGAGGGCUCCGCGCCGGACGACCAGCCGAACGGCCGCAACGGCACGAGCAAGACGCGCGAGAAGGCCGACCGGAUCGGCGACCACUCCGGCAACGCGGGCUCGGGGAACGGGUCGGGCGAGAUGGGGGGGUCGGGCAACGGCACGGGCAACGGGGUGGGGGAGAGCGCGACGAAGCACGACUCGGGGAACCGCAACGGGCCCGGGAACCACGGGAACCCGGGCAGCAACAACGCGCAGCUGACCAACGGGAACGGGAACGGGAACGGCAGCGGGAGCGGCGGCGAGGGCAAGCCCGGCAACGGCCACGUGGGCGCGUCCACGACGCUCCCGCACGCCGAGGGCUGCGCGCUCAUGCACACCGCGGAGGGCCUCCUCCAGGACGCGCGGCACUCGCGCCCCAUCGUCGUCGGCGCCGCCGCCGCCGCGCAGCCCGCGCCGCCGCAGCCCCUGCAGCUGCCCAAGCCGCAGGACGCCGACGCGAAGCACGACAACACGGAGCCCGUCGGCGCCGCGGCCGCCGCGCCGCGGGGCGCGGGCGGGUCCGGGUCCGGCAACGGCGGCUCGGGCGGCACGCGGGAGAACGAGGAGCAGCAGGAGGGGAAGUGCGCGCCGGAGCCGCCCGUGCAGGCGGCGCCGCGGCGGGAGGGGUCGCGGCCGCACAGGCACCACCGACGCCGCCGGGCCCGCCGCGGCGGCCGCGGCAGGAGGCGAAGAGCGUGCAGGAGGCGGGCGGCGUGCCCCCGCAGCCACUGGGGCGGCGCGACCUCGCGGGCGGCGGUGCGGGCGGCGAGCAGCCCGCGGCGGGCGGGGCCGAGCCGGCGCGGGCAGCGGACGCGAACGGCGCCGCGGCGUACGGCGGCCGGCCGGGCGACGCGCCGGCGAGCGUGCCGGCGGGGGCGGCGGCGAUGGGGAGUGGCGUGCAGCAGCUGUGGCAGCAGCAGGCGCGGGAGGCGCUGCAGCACCUGCGCUCGGUGCUGGAGAUGGCCAGCACGAGCACGAUGGGCAUGCAGCUCGCGCAGGGCCUCGCCAGCCUCAUUGGCUCGCAGAUGGCGGCGAGCAUGUGCCCGCGGUCGAGCGCGGCGCACCCGCCGCCCGCGAACCCGGCGGUGAGCGGGCCGCCGGCGUCGCCCGCGACCGCGUCGGGCUCGCAGGUGCGCACGCAGACGUACGGGGCGCCGGCGUGGCCCGGGGCGCGCUACCAGGGCACAGCGGCGGCGGCGGCGCCCCCGCAGCUCCAGCAGCCGUCGCGCGCGGGGCACCAGCCGCAGCACCGCCUCCCCGCGGCGUCGGGCGGGCCGUGGUUCAGCCAGAAGCAGGCUCUCGAGAACCUGUCCAUGGCGGUGCGCAGCUCGCUGGCCAACGCGACGUCGGGCGGCGCGGCGGGCGCGGCGCGCGUGCCGGCGCCGGCGUACAGCACGCCGACACCGGCGUACAGCGCGCCGGCGCCGCAGCCGAUGCAGCAGGUGGCGAACCCGCUGUGGUCGGCGCUGGCGCAGGUGCAGCAGGCGAUGCUGCAGCGCGGGCCGCAGGCGGGCGUGCCGGCGGUGUCGAUGCCGGCGAGCCAGCCUCCGACGACGGCGAUGUGGGGCGCGCAGCCGCUGCUGAACCCCGCCGCCAUCGCGGCGCUGCAGCAGCAGCUGCCAGCAGCGGGGGCGGCGCUGCACGCAGGGGCGAUGCACCCGGGGGGCGGCGUGCCGUCGUCUGUCCCGGGCGCACAGGCCGCGCGCCAGCCUCCGAUGUCGCAGCCGCCCGCGGGGGACGCGCAGCCGCUCCAGCCACCCGCGAGCGGCGAGCCGCGCGCAAACCCGCUCCCGCCGCCGCCGUCCUGGGGCGCUCCGGCCACGCAGCGCGACGCGUGCGCGACGUUCGAGCCGAACGGCGGCCCUGCUGGCGGCAGGAAGGGCGCGGCUACGGAGACGGCGCGGCGCGGCCCCCGCACGCGCGGCGGCAACCCGCCGUCCUCGGGGCGCGCGGGGCAGACCGAGGCGAACGGGAGCGCGUCCGGGAGCGACGAGUGCAUGGAGGACGACGACAGCAAGGGGCUGCAGUCGAGCUCGUCGCUGCGCGUGCGGUCCGAGACGCGUCACACGCUGCCGCCGUCGUCGGGCGCGGCGCCCGCCGCGGGCGGGACGGAGCCGGGCGGCCGGCAGCGCGCGCUCAAGAAGGCGGCCACGGGCCCGCCGGAGGGUGCGACGCGGUCGGCGAAGCGCCAGAAGGCCGGCGCGGACGGGCGACGUGGCGGCCGCAACAGGGGGUCGGACUCCGGCAGCAACUCCCCCCCGGGGGGCCGCGCCGCCGGCGACGCGACCGGGGAGAGCCCCGAGCGCGUCGAGGAGGACUCGCUCACGUCCGGGAAGGGCGCGACCUGA